AUGUCGCGCUCGGUUCGAGCUCCAUCGGAAGAAGAAACCGAACUAUGGGAUAAGUUGAAAGGUUAUGUCAAGGCGAACUCCAAUCCUCCAGAACUACCGUCCCUGCCGUCAAACCAGGAACUAAGGAAAAUAGGAGCAUCAGAUGUAGCUGUGGAACUUGCACGUAGAUUAUUUCAGGCGGAAAACAGGAUAGUUGAGUCAGAGAAACUGUGCCAGACGCCCUUAGCCCAUUAUCAGCUACAAGAUACGUUUAUCAACAACAAUCACUUGCGGGGAACUACACAAACGGCUGGAUGCGUUGGGGGCGAAAAGCAGGAGGCAGAGAAAUGUGGCGAAGACGACCAUCGCGGGCAAGGAGUUAUAGGCGCAACCUCUUCGAGGCUAAGCGGCAUCAAUUCAAGCGAUUUGGGGUGGCAAAGUAGAGCCUCAACGACCUCUUAUUUUACUACUCCAUGCUUGCCUUCUACUUCCGGUGGGAGAUGGGUACCCCCGGGCCGCCGCUUCAUAGCAGCGGAACCUUUCAUACCCAAUGUAAUCCUGGGAGCUCGUCCUAGUGUGACUACCUCAACAGCUGGUGGAUGGCGUGCGCGUGAAGCAGCUAGGAUUGCAACCAUGACCGCCGCUUCUAGGAGUUCUGAUAGCCAUUCAACAAUGCCUCAGCACACCCAAUAA